UCCCCGGGCCACCAUUCUCUACAUGUCUCCUGCCGACACCCGUACUUGGUAGGGAUUCACUCGAUUACCUGCGUGGCUCGUAGAGAAACGCUGUGGUGGAACGUGGGGUUGUGUAAUUGGCGAGGGUUUGCGCUCAGAUACGUAGGGAAGAGCUAUAUUCCAUGCCAGGGUAGGACGCAAAGCAAAGGGGGCAUGGAGUAGGUAUUUAAGAAGCAGGUCUCCGUCAGCAUCUUUGUUUCCUCCCUUCUCUCUUACUCGUCGUCCUCGCUCCACCAACAUCUCUCUCAGAUAUCUCCGCGAGGCUGUCUUCUGGGGACCCAACCCCUCUCUCACUUCAACCACACAUACCUACCUCCAAGUCUUUCUUCCUCCGUCUCUACCGCCCCACUCCCCCUCCACUCCCCCCCUUUACGCCGCCAAAAUGGUGCAUCUGGCCAAGGUACCCAACGACGACGAUGUCGGCGCUCUGCCCGAGGCCGUCAAGAAGAUUAGUCUGCAGCUCAGCAACGACGAAGAUAGCUUCACAACUAGCGUCUACGGCUCUAGAUUCGCUGCCGAGGACCUGCCCAAACACGAGAUGCCCGAGGGCGAGAUGCCCAAAGAGAUCGCCUACCGCAUGAUCAAGGACGAGCUCAGUCUGGACGGCAACCCAAUGCUCAACCUCGCCUCGUUCGUUACCACCUACAUGGAGGAAGAGGCUGAGAAGCUCAUGGCUGAGAGCUUCUCCAAGAACUUCAUCGACUACGAGGAGUACCCCCAGUCCGCCGACAUCCAGAACCGAUGCGUGUCCAUGAUCGGCCGCCUCUUCCACGCACCGGUCGAGCACGAGGAAGGGGGCGGCGCCGUCGGCACGUCGUGCGUCGGCAGCUCCGAGGCCAUCAUGCUGGCCGUGCUGGCGAUGAAGAGGCGCUGGAAGAACAGGCGCCAGGCCGAAGGCAAGCCCACCGACCACCCCAACAUCAUCAUGUCCUCGGCCGUCCAGGUGUGCUGGGAGAAGGCGACACGCUACUUCGAGGUCGACGAGAAGCUCGUCUACUGCACGCCCGACCGAUACGUCAUCGACCCUAAGGAGACCGUCGACCUGGUCGACGAGAACACCAUCGGCAUCUGCGUCAUCCUUGGCACCACAUACACGGGAGAGUACGAGGAUGUCAAGGGGGUCAACGACCUCCUGAUCGCAAGGGGCCUCGACAUCCCCAUCCACGUCGACGCCGCGAGUGGAGGCUUCGUUGCCCCCUUCGUCGUGCCGGACUUGGAGUGGGACUUUAGGUGCGAGAAGGUCGUAUCGAUCAACGUCUCCGGCCACAAGUACGGCCUCGUCUACCCGGGCGUGGGCUGGGUCGUGUGGCGGGACGCGAAGUUCCUGCCGCAGGAGCUCGUGUUCAACAUCAACUACCUGGGGGCGGACCAGUCGUCGUUCACGCUGAACUUCUCGAAGGGGGCGAGCCAGGUGAUCGGGCAGUACUACCAGCUGAUCCGGCUGGGGAAGAAGGGGUACCGGGCGAUCAUGUCGAACCUGACGCGGACGGCGGACUACCUGGCGGCGGCGCUGGCGGCGCUGGGGUUCGUGAUCAUGAGCAAGCGCGCGGGCGAGGGCCUGCCGCUGGUCGCGUUCCGGCUCGCCGCGCCGCCCCCCGGCGCGCCCGAGCGCACCUACGACGAGUUCGCCCUCGCCCACAAGCUGCGCGCCCGCGGCUGGGUCGUCCCCGCCUACACCAUGGCCCCCCACACCGGCGACCUCAAGAUGCUCCGCGUCGUCGUCCGCGAGGACUUCUCCAAGAACCGCUGCGACGCCCUCCUCGCCGACAUCCGCUACUCCCAGCAGCUCCUCGAGCAGCUCGACCGCGAGUCCGUCCGCAAGCAGGAGGAGUUCAUCCACAGCCACGCCGUCAACAGCGGCCAGGCCAAGCAUAACCACCCUCGGUUCCGCAAAGAGAAGCAUUCGAUCCAGGGCAAGCACGGCAAGACCCAUUCGAUUUGCUAACCUGAGUUGGACGGGGCCGGUGGCGCUGGGAAUAGGGAAUGACGCAAAGCGGGGAGGUAAUGAAGCAAGGAAGAACGCGAUUAGGCGCAAUUAGCGAUACAUUCGAGAGCGGAAAGCGAUGGGUAUUGGUAUAUAGGUAGAAACGGGUAUCUAGAUGGGUAUAGAGAUGGUCCUCUGAAGCUACGACAAACCCCCCCUUCUCCCCUCCGUCUCUACUGACGACUUCCCCACGAUAGCAUCUGCAAUGAAACCAAGUUACAU